UAAAUAUCGCGAUAUUAAAAAUAAAUGAAAAAAUAUGGUAAGAAAGUUAACAUUAUAAUGAAAAUACCAGGUAGAGAGCUUUACAAUUCGCGAAAUGAAAACAGCCAUGCGAAAGGUUUCUCAACGUGAGGAAAAGAGCUCGCGGGAGGAAAUUUUUUUUCAAGCCAAGAAAAAUCGUUAUAGCAACGAAGCGCUGUGAACAUCUGUCUGUCUGGCGAACUAAACAGAACAGCCGCACUAGUCGGUCUCUUCACCAAGGAUAAGCUUUUGUGAAAGUUGUACUUGUGCUAAUACGCUAGGCCGAGUCACACGAGCUUUUAAGUACAUUUUCGUUCAUUUCGGCGUUACCAGUUACGUUUUGCCGCACAUUCGGUAUCGUGAAUUCGAUAAAUACCUACGCGUUUUUUUCCUUCUUUUAUCCUUUGCAACUUCUCCUCGCCAUUUUUAAAAUGCCAAUAUUCGUCAUAAACACGAUUCCUUUCUACGAUGUGCUGAAGGAAUCCAUUUGUUAUGGCUUGAAACUCGUUUACAUCUUUGAUUGGAAAAUGUGAUGCGGCAAUCAACUAACCAGCGUCUAAUGUUCCUAUUUGCCUGACCGAAUCGAAAGAGGAUACUAAAUUUUAACACGUUGAAAAUUAUGUCGUCGUUUUAAACCACAUACCUACAUAGUUUUUCUUCUGUUUUUCCUUUUGCUGUGAUAUUGCGUAUUGUUAUCGAGUCUGUUUAAUUGAAACCCCUCCUCAACUUGAAUUUUUUUUCCAUUAUAUAUACUUUUCGACGUAACUUUCCUUUCCUCGGAUUUUCUUUUUUUAUACUUAGAAUAAUGGAAGCUUACUCUCCCGAUUUAGUUUGGUUGGUUGUGAUCAGUUUCUUUGUUGCAUUUAUCCUAUCCUUCGGUAUUGGCGCCAACGAUGUGGCUAAUUCGUUCGGUACCUCGGUGGGUGCCAAGGUCCUCACGUUGAAGUCCGCUUGCAUGCUGGCUACGGUAUUCGAGAUUGCUGGAGCUGUGUUGAUAGGUUACAAGGUGUCUGAUACUUUACGCAAGGUGCUAGUUGAUGUGAAUAUGUAUCAAGAUUCGGAAAAACAGCUGAUCUUGGGAUAUUUAUCUUCGUUAGGUGGUAGCGGAGCAUGGUUAAUAAUAGCUACAGCUUUCCGUGUGCCGAUAUCUGGAACACAUUCCAUCGUAGGAGCCACAAUCGGAUUUUCAUUGGUGGCCAAAGGAGCCAGUGGUUUAAAAUGGUCAACGUUGUUCGGAAUAGUGGCGUCUUGGUUCAUAUCACCGAUUUGUUCCGGUCUAGUAUCAGUUAUCGUGUACGUUUCAAUUAGACGGUACAUUUUGAAAUCUUCGAACCCGGUUCGCAAUGGUUUACAGGCUCUUCCUAUAUUUUACGGUGUUACUAUUGGAAUCAAUGUGUUCUCAGUGGUCGAAGAUGGAUCCAAAUUAUUACAUCUUGAUAAAGUGCCACUUUGGGGUUCGUUCACAAUUAGUAUUUUCUUCGGUGUCUUCAGCGCUAUAGUAGUUUACUUGUUCGUUGUACCAAAGCAGCACAUUAAAUUGAGUUGUUUGCCAUCCAUUACCAGAGUAAACACAGACGACAGCGCUUUCCAUCCUGAAACCAGAACAGGCGAAAAAGGAAGCAUACCUAACACGCCUUUAAAACGUUCGGACGACGAUUUCUACAUCCUAAGAAAAUACGAUCAAAAUUCGCACGAUAAAUUUGAAAUGACUGAAAUUACAACUACAGUUUCGGAAAAUCAAAAACAAAAAGUCGAUGGUAAACACACCGAUAAUAAUAAUACGAAGAAAUCGAAAAAAGAAAAAGAACAAAUAGGACUGAUACCAAACGCCAGCGAAGUACCGCUAAUUAAAAUCGAAUCAGCUUCAUCUUUGAAUAAUGGUUCGAAAAGCCCGCAAAUCUUUCAGCAAGAUCUCGAAAAAGAUGACGGAUCGUUGCCUCGUACACCUAUCGAGAAUAUUUUUGCUUUUUUACAAAUUUUGACCGCUAUUUUUGGCUCUUUUGCUCACGGAGGUAAUGAUGUCAGCAAUGCUAUUGGACCACUGGUGGCUGUGUGGUUGAUAUAUUCGGAUGGAUCGGUUAUGCAACAAUCGGAGACGCCUUUUUUUAUACUCCUGUAUGGAGGUAUUGGAAUUUCGGUUGGACUUUGUUUGUGGGGUCGAAAUGUGAUUAAGACUGUCGGCGAGGAUUUGACCAGGAUUACACCUUCCACGGGAUUUUCCAUCGAACUAGGAUCAUCGAUGACUGUUCUAUUGGCCUCAAAACUCGGAGUACCAAUAAGUACCACUCAUUGUAAGGUCGGUUCUGUGGUUUUCGUCGGAUGGUCGUCCUCUAGCAAGGAAGGCGUCGACUGGGGAUUGUUCAAAAACAUCAUCUUCGCUUGGGUGAUCACGUUACCAGUAUCUGCUGUGCUCAGUGCAACAUUCAUGUAUUUGUUGAGUAUUUACCUCUUAUAGUGUUACUGUUACCUCUCAAAGAAACAAUAAAAAUCGAUCAGCUUUUUUCAAAUCAAUCAAAUUACUGUACUACAAUAUACGAUUUUGAUUUUGAAGACAACGUUCAAUAUACUUACGUCCAUUCCAAAACGUCUCUACGUCUGCUUGGUCAAUUAACUCUUCAGAGUGCUCAAUAGUCUAAGAGAAAAUUUUUCACUAUUUAUUUUGAUACAUUUAGACGUAGGUAUUCCUACUAUUUUUCAAGCGAAAUUUUUUUUUAGCACCUCGUACUUAAAUAUUAUAUGUUUCUACUUCCGUUUGUAUUGUAAAUCGCCGCAGUAAUUAGCACAUCGCUAAAAGCGAGUCGCACAUUCAAUGUUUAACACUAUAAAAAUGAGGUUUAAUUACUCGAUAACUAUUUUAUAAUUGUAAUCGGUGAUUUAUCAAAGUAUAGUUAAAUCUUAAGUGCAUAAAAUGUUACGUUUAUUUUUGUUUCCAUACAUUAGUUUGUUGAAAUUAUUGAACUAAUUUUUUGUAAGUAUUUUUGUAAAAAAAAAAAAUAAAAAUAAAUACUC